AUGUCUAAAAAUAUUGUUUUUGAGGGUUGGUUGACUAAAUCGCCUCCCACUAAACGAAUCUGGAGAACGAAAUGGCGAAGAAGGUGGUUUGCCUUGCGUCAAUCGGGCGAACUCCCUGGCCAAUAUUUCCUCGACUACUAUGCAGACCGGAAUUGCAGGCGACUCAAGGGCACUAUCAACUUAGAUUUAUGUGAACAGGUUGAUGCAGGAUUGCAUAUGGAACGUAACAGUAAUGGCUCUCUGGAUCCAAAACUGCGGGGUUCUGUCUUUACGAUUCAGACUCAAUCACGGACAUAUCACUUGGAGGCAGAUUGUGAAGCAGAUAUGGCCAAGUGGGUCGAUGCUAUAUGCCGAGUGUGUGGGUUACAAGCAAAAGAUGGCACCUCCAAUGUUUUGGGUCCCUUUCAAAAUAACUUUCAAAUGACUACAAUGAAUGAACAGUAUGAAUGCGUGGACAGCACUGGCCCAUACAUACCAAUAUCUGAAUGCAUUACUGGAGUUAGGGCGCAGGAUUCCCAGAGAGCUUUUACAUUUGAUCCAAAAAACAUAGUAAUGAGUACUCGCACACCAUUGGAGAGAGUUUCAAAUAGAAGUCAUCAGAUGUACAUGAGUCAGCCACACAUAAGGCUCAAUAACGCAGAGUUCUCUGAAAAUGAGUCAAACCUGAGCGAUGAGGAGUGCAAAUCUUUGAAUGCUAGUCAAUCUAAUAUAAGAGACUGGUCUGCUGCAAAAUCAUUUACAAAAUCAGCUUUACGUUCUAGUAAGAAUGGCGACUUUCAACAUGGGCCACCUGUCCCUCCGCGGCCACCUAAGACAUUUGCACUGAGUAAAGAGGCAUCACAAAGGGACACAUUCCUUGGCUCUAAAGUUCACGAACCAGCUGAUGGACAGGAUAAUUCCGUAUUUCCAAGUCUGAGGGUGCCUUGCCGCAUUUACCAAAGCGCUGGGCCACCUUCGCCGGGUCGUGCUCAAGGCGUUCCCAGUAUUGUACGGACCACUGACGACGAAGACGAAUGUUCCGGUCAAUCGUCAAUGCAGUACUGCAACUUAUUAUCGCUACCACCAGCUGUGGACCGCGCUUUGAAGCCGCGUCACUCCAGUCAUAGCAUAGGACACGUGAAUAAUCUAGGGGCUCAGUUUCAGACAAUAGUGCAAAUCAAUCAUGCAGACGACGUGAAGCCGGAUGUCCUACAAUACUUGGAUUUGGACUUGCAUACAUCGAAACCCGCGCCGGCAAAGCAGCAAGACGUGCCGCGUAAAACUAUUGAUGUCGUACACGGGAAAUCUCUGUCCGCUGUUGACGCAGGCUCCGCGUACAAAACGGUCGAUUUCCUAAAAACAGAAGCCUUCAAUAUCACCCGACAGGACGCAGAAGCGUCGAGAAGUAGCCACCAUUAA